AUGGACGUGCAAGAAUCAGUGCGGAAGCAAAACGAGAUCGUUCUGAGGUUGGCUAAGCACGUGAUCGCCACCACCGCCGGAAAAACCUCUAACCUCGUCUUCUCGCCAGCGUUAAUCAAUGUCAUCCUCAGCUUCAUCGCCGCCAGAUCUCCCGGAGCAACCCAAGACCAGAUUCUCUCUUUACUACAGGCUUCUUCGACCGAUGAGCUCAACGCCGUCUCCUCCAAAAUCGUAACCACCGUCCUCGCCGACAGCACCCCAAGUGGUGGUCCAACGAUCAACGCAGCCAAUGGCGUCUGGAUCGACAAGUCUCUCUGUAUCGAACAAUCUUUCAAAGAUCUCUUGGAGACUUCCUACAAAGCUGCUUUCAAUCAAGUCGAUUUUCGAACUAAGGCUGAUGAAGUGACUGAAGAAGUCAAUGCAUGGGUUGAAAAACAGACAAACGGACUCAUCACUGAUCUUCUUCCACCUAAAACUGUUUCUCCUUGGACUGAUCUCAUAUUUGCUAAUACACUCUUCUUUAACGGAAGAUGGGAGAAAGAAUUCGAUCCAUCGCUAACAGUAGAUUCCGAUUUUUACCUUCUUGAUGGAACCAAAGAACGUGUGCCCUUCAUGGUCGGUAACUUUGGAACACGUCUCGUUGCUUACGAAGGUUUCAAAGUCCUUGAUCUACCGUACAGAUUAGGACGUGAUUACAUGGAAGACCAUCGUCGUUUCUCAAUGGAAAUCUUUCUCCCUGAUGACAAAGAUGGGUUGCCUUCAAUGCUGGAGACGUUAGCUUCUACUCGUGGAAUCUUGAAUGCCUCGGAAGCUCUCAAGGGUUUGGGUUUGACAGUGGAGACGAUCUUCCACAAGUCUUGCAUCGAGGUGGAUGAAGUGGGAUCUAAAGCUGCAGCAGCUGCUGUAACCUUGGAAACCUCUUGUGGUCCUGGAGAGAAGAAGUAUGACUUCGUGGCUGAUCAUCCUUUUCUCUUCCUUGUCAAAGAAUACAGAAGCGGACUGGUUUUGUUCCUAGGUCAAGUCAUUGAUCCUUCUAUGCAUUGA